AUGGACACUAGACGCAGAUCUGGAAAAUACAUGGUGGAGAGGGAAGUGCUGGAUGAGCAGAGACUGGAAGAGGUAACACAAAGAAAAGCAUACUCAGACAUUCAUCCACCUCUAACUGAGCAACUUAAAGACUCUUUAAGAUGUACAAUACCCAAACUGAAGCGAAGUGUAGUGAGCAGUUUUCCAGUGCUGUCCUGGCUGCCCAAAUAUUCGGUCUGGGACUACGGCAUGUCAGACCUGGUCUCAGGGAUUAGUGUGGGUAUAAUGCACCUGCCACAAGGUAUGGCGUAUGCAUUGCUGGCUUCUGUACCUCCUGUAUUUGGGCUCUACACAUCUCUGUAUCCUCCAUUAAUAUACUUCUUUUUUGGGACAUCUCGUCAUAUUUCCGUUGGUACAUUUACUGUGCUCAGCAUCAUGGUGGGUAGUGUGACAGAGAGACUUGCUCCAGAUGACUAUUUCCUUAUAUCAAAUGGGACCAAUAUCACGACAGAGGUGGACAUAAAUGCCCGGGACUCAUACAGGGUGCAGGUGGCAGUUGCUACUACUGUCCUAGGAGGAAUUAUACAGGUGCUGUUGGGUGUGGUGAAGUUUGGCUUUGUAGGAACAUACUUGUCUGAGCCUCUGGUGCGUGCUUACACAACAGCUGCAGCAGCACAUGCUGUGGUGGCUCAGCUAAAACACAUAUUUGGAGUUUCAGCCACACGUUUUAGUGGCCCGCUGUCGCUGGUGUAUACUUUGGUGGAUGUUUGCACUUUGCUGCCAGACACUCAUCUUCCGACGCUGGUAGUCAGUGCUGUGACCAUGGUGCUUCUAAUUGCAGCUAAAGAGCUCAACUCGUUCCUCAGUUCAAAGCUGCCUGUGCCUGUCCCAGUGGAGCUCAUCACAAUUGUGACAGGGACACUGGUAUCAUCCUAUGCCCACCUGAACAACAACUACACUGUUUCAGUUGUUGGAAAAAUUCCAAGCGGUUUAAGCUCCCCCAGUUUACCAGAUGUGAGUCUGUUUGGAGAAGUCAUUGGUGAUGCCUUUGCACUGGCCAUUGUUGGAUAUGCCAUAUCAAUUUCACUUGGAAAAACAUUUGCAGUGAAACAUGGAUACAAGGUGGACAAUAACCAGGAGCUUGUGGCACUUGGUCUCAGUAAUGCUCUUGGAGGCUUCUUUCAUUGUUUCUCUGUGUGUUCCUCCAUGUCACGAAGUCUCAUCCAAGAGACCACUGGAGGUAAAACUCAAAUGGCUGGAGUGGCUUCAGCUCUGAUUGUGUUGGUGACUAUACUGAAACUGGGAACCCUGUUUCAGCAGCUGCCAAAGGCUGUCCUUGCAUCGAUUGUAUUAGUAAAUCUGAAGGGCAUGUUCAAGCAGUACUCUGACAUUGCUACUCUGUGGAGGAACAGCAAGGUUGAUCUGGUGGUAUGGUUGGUCACUUGGCUGUCAACGGUGCUGCUUAAUCUGGAUCUGGGUCUGGCAGCAUCCGUCACCUUUGCUCUGUUCACAGUUAUCUUCAGGACUCAGCUGCCAACCUACUCUGUUCUGGGAAAUGUUCCAGGUACAGAAAUUUAUGUUGAUAUAGAGACACACAGAGAGGCAAAAGAGAUCCCAGGCGUGACCAUAUUCCGCUCAUCGGCUACAGUUUAUUUCGCCAAUGCGGAGCUCUAUCUCGAGGCCCUUAAAGACAAAAGUGGGCUUGACAUCAGUAAAAUGAUAAUCUAUAAGAGGAGGCAGGAAGCCAAACAGAAAAGACGAGAAAAGAGAGCUGAGAGGCAGGUAAAGAGGCAGGCUAAGAAAGAGAGACAGGCACAGAGGAAAGCAAAACAGCUGUCUGGAUCACCAGAGAUCUCUGUUGAGGAAGAGGCUCCCUGCUGGAGUGACACAUCUAUAGACGGGACUGUUGCAGAGAGAGAGGACCAGGGCUGCACAGAAAGGCAGAACGGGACUGUAUUUGUCAUCCCAAACACUCCCCAAACAUCUGAUGGCCAGGCUAGGUGGGAGUACCUAAAAGGAGGUGAUCCAGACUGUAUCAGCCUGGGGUGGAUGUCUGAGGUACAGGAUGGGGACACCACCACUCUGGGCUCCAGCAGUGAGGACACCCUGAGUCAUGACCUAGAGCGAGUCUCUCUUGGGUCUCUGGGCAAGUGGACCUGGGACAUUCAUUCCAUCAUCCUUGACCUCUCAACGGCUAAUUUCAUAGACACAGUGGCUAUAAAGACUAUGAAAAAUAUUUUUCUGGACUUCAGUGAGAUUGAUGUGGAUAUCUACAUUUCUGGCUGUCAAGCAUCUGUGGUGGAACAGCUAGAGCAUGGUGACUUCUUCUCUGAGACGAUAACAAAGAGGCGUCUUUUCGCUUCUGUUCAUGAUGCUGUGCUUUACUGUCUGAACCAUCGUGGAGCUACAGCAUUCCCCAGAUACGACCCGACAGCGGAUCUGCACAAUUGCACAAAAUUUUAAGGCUUUCGACACCUCGGGAAACUCAGCAAUGAAGAUAGAAUUCAAGGGAAGAUGAAAAUCUCUGAAAUU